GUUAUUCCCAGGUCUCAACAAACAAACACAAAAUACUCACUGACAAGCCAAACCUUUCUCUAUACUUGCUCAGUUCUGAUCUUCACACACAGUCACACACACAGUAUAUUUUCCGGCCGGCGACUGACAGUUUCAAUUCUACCUCCGAGAAUUUCGGGUUUCUAAAUCAAGGUUUCUAUACUGGACACAUGGUGUAUGAGGAGCCGUAUUAAAGUUCUAAGAUGCUGAAAACUCACAUGGUUACUUCAAUGGAAGGCAUGGGUGAUGCAAUUUCUGCUGACAAGUUGCAGCAGGGGGAGAACUUAGAUGCUGUGUUCCAUGAUUCAGUCUCCAACCAAAAGGGAACCCCUCACUCUGUAAUACGUACAAGAGAAGAGCCACUUAAGCUGAACCAGAGGCAAAGCCUGUUCGAGCCAGUGAUAUUACAAGUACGUCAAGAAAGCAGCAUUGAUCAGGUGAAGCCAGAAAAAGGGCUAACUAAUGUGAAAUUGGCACAGAGCCUUGAUGACGUGGCAGAUGCAUCACAACCAAACAAAGAUGAAAGCUCUAUAUCUAUAGUGCAUGAAACUGAGCCAGUUACAUUAUGCCAGAGGCCCAGCUUAGAUGGCACCACUCCAACAUCAGAAUCUUGUCAAGAACGAAGCUCCCUCUCUACAGUACCUGAGAAAGAGUUGGAUAAUUUGCAACCGACACCGAACCUAAGUACUGUUAUCCUAACCUCAGAACAUGGAACACCUGUUUCUACUAUGCCUGCGAAUGUGCCUGAUACAUUGCAGAAAAUCAUUGAUCAUGAAACUUAUCUCUCUGCAUCGCAAUCUGAUCAAGAAAAGUCCAGUUUAUCUUUAAAGCAGGCAAAAAUCCUGGAAAAAUUGCCUCUGCGAAGGAACCCUGAUGUUGGGGUUCAAACAUUACCGUCUGUUCAAGAAGGGAGUGGUCGCAGUAAACUGCCUGAAAAACCAUCAGACGAUGGAUAUAACUGGAGAAAAUAUGGGCAGAAACUAGUCAGAGGAAACCAGUUUGUUCGGAGCUAUUACAAAUGCACAUUUCCAAGUUGCCCAGCUAAAAAGCAAGUGGAACGAUCACAUGAGGGAUAUAUAACUAAUAUAAAUUGCCGAGGGAACCAUGAACAUCCCAAACCUCAACCAAGUCCCCAAACACCUGUAUCUGUUCAAGCAAGUUCACCAGAAAAGUCUUCUUUGGUCGGAAGUGAAGUGCCCAGAAGUGAAGACGAGACAGCCAACAUAGACAUGGAAAAGCCUCAUCAAAUUGUGCUAGUAGAAAGUCCUAAGCCCUUGCCUGUUCAAGCAAAAAGCCCUGAUGUUAUGGGAGUUUCUGCUUCCAAAUCAAAUAGAGCAAAAGACAGGGAUGAUCAUGACGGGGAGAUGGACACUAAAAGACGGAGGAGGGAUAGUUCUAUCAGUGACGAUAAUUUGGCUUCAGCUAAUAGGGCAAAUGGUGAAUCACGAAUUGUUAUCCAGACUACAAGUCUGGUUGAUAUAGUGAAUGAUGGCUACCGCUGGCGGAAGUAUGGACAAAAAUUAGUGAAAGGCAAUUCAAAUCCAAGGAGCUACUAUAGGUGUUCGAACACUGGUUGUCCUGUUAAGAAACAUGUUGAAAGGGCUUCCCAUGAUUCAAAAGUGGUUAUCACCACCUACGAGGGACAACAUGACCAUACUAUACCUUCUGCACAAACUGUAACUCAUAACACAUCAGGAGCUGAUACAGACGUAACACCUCAGAAUGCAUCAGGAGCUGAUACAGACGUAGCACCUCAAAAUAGUGAGUCAAGAUCUGAAACUGAGGAAAAGGAAGUAGCCGGUCUCGAUAUGGUUGUUCAUGUUAGUGAAACCGAAUAAGAACAAGCUUCCCCAACAUUUACAGGAAGCUACUUUGAUGUAGUAAUUUAUGAUGAUUGUUGACAUAGACAAGGAUACUUCUGAUUAGAGAACUUUCUAUAUUUGUUUUCUGCAUUAAAGCUGGUUAAUUAGACCUGUUUAGCUAGGCGAGAUUAGUAAGUUAUUUAUUUUAUAGGCAAUUUAAGACGGGUGAACGUGUGUUGGUUGUAAAAAUUAUUUGGAGGAACUAGUAACAGAAUGUUGAUUAUAUUAGAUAAGAAGUAUCAGAUUUUUAGUAACCA